ACAGACCAGAAUUGGUCCAACAGAAGCAGCAACAGCCAGUGCCUCACAUUUAAUACUACGACAUCGUAUUCCUUGCCUUUGCUCUGCCAUCAUAACACAUCUACAUUGCUAUUGCUAUUCCUACGCACCUUCACGACAGACGAGCAUCCUCGCAUUCACGAACAAGUCUGACCCAAGCAAUAUCCUGCACUUGAACAAACCAAUUCUAUUGAGCUUUUCAUCUGCAUAAGCUAGGAACACAUACCACAUCCUAUACGACAUCCUCGCCCUCUUCAUUUAUAACCAUGUCUUCAUACAACUACGCCUACACGUCUCCGCCCACCUCUCCCACGUAUGGGUUCUUCCCCAGCGGCCCCGCUAGCCCUCACGCGUUCUCAUCUUUCCACCAAGACCCGCGACAGACUCACAACAUGUAUGCUUCGCUCGGGUCUGCAAUGGGUUAUCAGAGCAGUGGGCAUUCGUCGCAGAGCAGCCAUAGCCACAGCCAUCACCACAGUCACCAACGCAGCUCGAGCAGCAGCAGCAGCAACCCACUUAAAAAACUAUAUCGCAGAUAAUGAUUUCUCUGCAUUCACCGGCAUGCUAUACCCACUGUAUCAUAGACCAUUCACUGUUGGGGAGUAUUGGGGGAAGGGACGGGAUCGGAGCUGUGGAUUAUUCCAGCGACAUCUUCCUUGGCUAAUUGUCAUGUAUCGAGGGAAGAUGGGAAGAACGGGAUAGGGGGGAGAAGCGAAGGGACGGUGCUGGCACAAUCUCACGACUCCAUAUGCAUUUCGACAUUUACCACUGUUUCCAUAU